AUGUUGGGUGUCACAUUUUCGACUUUUUUAUUUUCAAUUAUAGUUUUCGAUAAAAGGUUGAAUUCUCAAGACACAUUGGAUUUAUCAGACGAAGAAGCUUAUCCAAAAUGUUAUUGCGAGUCAAAAUCGAAUCCCGAAUUGGUUCAUAAUUUUUGCUACGUUGAUCCUCACAAUCAUUCAUCAGUUGGUAGAAAAUUUGAUUGUUCUAGUUUGUCGAUUUUGGAAAACUUAGGUUAGUUGUUUUCCUAUCCAUUGUUCGUUUUCUGUUUUGUUUUUCUCGAUCUGUUCAAAUAUUUAUUUUAGUCUCUGACUAGACAUUUAUUUCAUUCAGGAACAUUCAAUUUCACUCAAUCAUUUGUGGAUACAACAAAAUCAUUUCGAGAUCCUAAAGAUGUUAUUUUUCUAUCAGCUUGUUCAGAUGAUCAUUUAAAAGCUGUUGAACAAACGGUGAAAUACAUAUAACUUUAAAACCAAAAACAAUAAUUUUUUUUAAUUCCAGAUAACCUCAGUUCAAAAAUUUUAUCCAAAUCAGAAAUAUAUUUUAUACGACAUUGGAAUAUCUGAAGGAAAUCGAAAAAUGUUAUUGAGCAAAUUUAAAAAUGUUGAGAUAAGAGAAUUCAAAUUCUCGAAGUAUCCUGACUUUGUAAAACAAUUAAUGACAUAUCGUUGGAAACCUUUGAUUAUUGCGGUGAGUUCAAAGGGAUUAUUUGUGAAUCAUUUUUGAAUGAUCGGGAUCGAAAAAAGCUAGUCUAGUUUUUUUUUGCGUGAUGUUGAUCAUUGUAUUUUUAGGAAGUUCUUCAAGAAUAUCCGAAUAUUUGGUGGAUGGAUGCUCAUAUCAGGCUUGUUGGAGGAAACUUCACUGAUAUCACAUAUCAGGAAAGAUCUACUGAAUUGGUGAACUCGGAUAUUGUAUUUUUUGUGCAUUCUAGUCACAGUAAUUUUGCAACUCUCUUCCCAAGUAAAUAUCUAUGAUUCUAUUGUAGAGUGACUAAUUAAUAUUUUCUCAGAACUUUUGGAAUAUAUUCCGUCUGGUUCGAUUUCCCUUUUACAAAGCGAAGAACUUGGGGCUCAACUUGGUGCAAAUAUUUUCUACGUUUCAAGAACACGCCAAACCCUUUCAUUUUUCAAAUGGUGGCUUCUUUGUGCUUUGGACGAAACUUGUAUGAAUCCUCCAGGAGCUCAAGUCUAUUGUCGAUUUGGACCAAAUCGAUUUGAUUCUUUUGCGAAUUGUUUCCGGUUUGAUCAAUCGGUCAUCAAUCUUCUUCUUCUAAAUCAAUUCCAAGAUUAUCAUAAAUAUACGGGAAGUGUAGGAUAUCAAUUUGUACGAUAG